AUGUCUUCACCUAUUCCUCAGCCCAAGGGGCUUCCAAUUCUUGGAAAUAUCUUUGCUAUAUCCCCUAGCAAUGUCUGGGGUUCUUUAAAUAAGCUGGCAGCAGAAGAGGGUGGUGCUGGUAUCUUCAAAAUCAAGAUCCUCACCACGCAAAUCGUCUUCAUUACCAAUGCUGCUCUCCUCGAGGAAAUCUGUGAUGAGAAACGCUUCCGAAAAUCCAUCACCGGCCCAGUUUUCGAGCUGCGCAAUGUCACCAACGACGGUCUCUUUACUGCGUACAACGACGAGGAAAACUGGGCCAUCGGGCAUAAUAUCAUGGCUCCUUUCGUUUUGCCCCAGUCCCUCAAGGAAAAGUUCAGGGAUAUACAAGUCACAACGGACGACUUGAUCUGGAAAUGGACUUCAACAGACAGCGUUGGGCAGCGUGUGGAUGUCACUAAUGACCUGGACCGACUGAACCACGCCGGCACCACGCAAUACUUCUUCAGUCAGUAUGUAGACUGCGUCCUUGGCGAUGAACCCCCUGCUAUCAAAGCUUUGGUAGAUGUAACCUUUGAAUCCUUACUUCGGCCCAUGCGACCUAAGCUCCUCAAUCGGCUCUGGUACCAGAGUAUAUUCGACAAGCAGACCAAGAUUUGUCGCGACUAUGCCGCUCAUAUAGUUGCCAAGCGACGUGAGAAGCCUAUAGAAGAUAGGGAUUUGCUGCACGCCCUAAUUCACGGGAAGAACCCGAAGACCGGAGAAUACAUUACAGACAAACUGGUCAUCGACGAGAUUAUCAACAUCUAUAUUGGCAGUGCCACAGCCGGGUAUCUCGUAGCCUUCGCUCUGUACUAUCUCGCCAAAGACCAAGAUGCACUCGCCCGUGCCCGUCAGGAGAUCGACGCCCUCAUUGGGCCCUCCGACCAGGUCGAACACCACCAUAUUUCGCAAUUGCCCUACUGCGAAGCCGUCCUCCGCGAAUCUUUCCGUCUCUCUGCCCCAGCUCCGGCUUACAACAUGGAGCCUUUGCCCACAAAUGGUCCGGCCCUACUCGGCGGAGGAAAAUACGAGAUUCCCGAGUCUCAACCCAUGAUUCCAAUCAUCGCCGCUGUCAACCGCGAUCCUGCUGUCUACGAUGACCCCGAGGCUUUCAAGCCCGAGCGCAUGCUUGGCGAGGCCUUUGACCGGCUCCCAGCCGGUGCGAAGAAGGGGUUCGGAAACGGGAAACGUCAAUGUUACGGUAAGGUGUUUGCUUGGGAAUGGUCCCUGUAUGUACUCAUUCGCAUCCUCAAGGAGGUUGAUUUUGAGUUGGCGGACAAGGAUUAUGAAUUGGAUGUGGAAGGGAAGAAUUUCAAUGGCGCUUUUGCCGUCAAGCCCUACGGCAUGUUUGGAAAGACUAAGAAGAGAAAAGCUGCUUAA